GGGUACGUUUUUCAGCUAGACGGGGGGUAAAUAACAUACUUUUCGGCCUCUUCAGAAUUAACCGGCAAUAUUUUCUUUGGCAAGCUUAGAAAUGCAGGAAGAAACCCCAAUAGAAGACGAUGUCAAGAAAAAAGUGAUGUUGCGUCCACCUAACCGACGUCGCUUUGAUGAUCAGCUGGAGCAAGUUCUGCUGGAUAUCCGCACCCGGGAAGCUGAACUGAAAUCUCUUGGAAGACCUCAAACGCAGACAGACACAUCUUCAGAGCAGUUGGAUCUCAGAGAAGCUUUACUAAAGGAACAGAAGGAAUGCAGAGAGCAGAAGGAAGUCAAUAUUGCUAAGAGGAAAGCUCUAGAUGAACAGUUAAAGCUCAUUAAUGAAUCCAUCACCAAACAAAGUGAUUCGCUAUCCAAACUAGAAGCUGGUCUUGCUUAUAAGACAGAAGCAGCAGUAGAUGAUGCAAUACAGAAACUCCAAUACCAACUUCGAACAAGACACUUUAAACUCAGCGAAGAGAAUCGCAUCGUCAAGGAAAUCGACACCUACAGACGAUCUAAGAAGAAAGUCAAAGAAUAUCUUCAACAAAAGGAGCAAAUUAAGAUUCAGAGAGAUCAGAAGAAGUGUCUGAAAGAUGAAAGAGAUAAAUAUUUCCGCCAGGUUUCGCUGUCAAAAUCCAAGGAAGAUGAAGUGAAGCAGAAACUGAUGACGUUUAAGAGCAAGACGGACGAAGCUUGGAGUCGUUACAGGGAAGCGGGACCAGAGAGGGAAACUCUGAAGAAAGAAAUUGGUGAGCUGCACGAACGUCGUCGUCAGCUAACGGUAGAGUUCAGGCUGCAAAACAGUAAAUAUCACACACAGCAGAAACAGCAACGAGCUCAUAGCUUCCAACGCAAGGAGGAAGAGAAGAGGGCCGUUGAGGAAGCUCGGCAGAGAGAAUGGGCUGUGUACGAGGCUUCCAGGGAGCCUUAUGAAGAUGAGAGACAACUCUGCUCAACUCUAAUCAAAUACCUCCAUCGAUACCUCACUCCAGAUCAUGAAUUACCUUUAGGUGCAUCAGCUCUAUCACCAGGGCAAUCUCCAGCCUCCUCUGUAUCAACACCAACUGGAUGCAGAGAUGACAUGAUGACAUCGGAUGGAGUAGAGUUUGUCAUCCUGAAGAAGAAGACCAACGAUAGCGAUGAUGUAUUCUUACCAACAACAUCUGCCAAGAAGAAACGUGCCAUUAGGAAGCACAAUCGCAAAUCAUCAUGGCUGAGCAAACCAAUUCGACACACAGCGCCGAUAUUCAGUCAGUUUGAUACCCUUGGUCUUCAAGCUCCAUCUACCAUUGGGGAAGUCCCAUCUUGCAUCUCUCAACUUACUGUCAAAAAGAUUGAGUAUGACGAGAUUGUGAAGAUUAAUUCCAGCAUCCCGAGCAUCAUCCCAUUAGGAGAAAGCUCUUAUUCCUUAUCAAUUCAAACUCAUCAAGAAACUCAUACCACAACCAGUGCCUUGGAUCAAAUCAUAUCCUCCGUGACAGAACUAAGUGUAUCACAAAGCGAUAAGAAACUUAAUCAUACCGUAACGAAAGCCACAAACGCUCUGCCACGUAUAGACAUUGAAAGCGCCCAAGCUCAUAGUAUUCAACGCCAGACCAACAGCACCCCUGGGCUUGAGUCCGCUCCAGAAACCCCUAAUAGUAGCUGUAGUAUCGCAAAGAGCAACGACGGCGACCAGGAUUUGAAGGAUGUUGAAUCAAUUGACUCUGGUAUCGGGAUAAACCGCUUGAAAAGCACUUCGUCAGUUCCUACAUCCGCGUCUCCGAAUACCGACAUCAAAUGCAGAGAGGAGAACACAACCAUUGGCAGAACCGAUGAAACUGGUCAAGAACCAUUGACUUCUACUGGUCGGGAUGCAUUACUUCAAGCACAAGAGACCCUACCUUACAUUCAUCUAGAUAGUAUUUUGUUGGAUCGGGGAGGACAGUUUGGAAACGACGCGGAGAUGAGCAAUGAUGAUCUAAUAGAGAGUCAGGAAUCUUUAUGAAGGUAAACUGUUUAAAUCAAUUAAAAAAGAAUAAUAUUGCACAAGGCAUCUCUACCAACUAAAACACAGCAUUUUAGAACUGGGGCAUUGAAGUUAUAAUUGUGAAUAUAUUUUGAACUGUUUUUAAUUGUUGAUUAUGCAGUCGGUAUACUCUACAUUACUCUAGUUUUUAUCUUGUUUUUGAUGUGAUGUCAUGUUAUUAACAUGCAUGGUACAUGUAUGUGCGUAUACUAUUUAUUACAAAUAUGUAAUUUUGUGAAAUAUACGAAAUUGUUUUGAGUUUAUACUAAAACAAAUAUUAUUGUUCAAUAGUGUAAAGAUAGGGUCAUACUUUGGUAUGAAAGGACAUGUGAAAUGUUUUAUCAGAAAGCCUACUUGUUAUUUUGAGAAAGCAUUAGAACUGCUGAUUUUUUUUCUGAAGUGCCUCGGUUGAAACACAAUAAAAGUAUCUCAACAAAAUUGAACUUCCAAAGAUUGCCUGCAGGUGACUUUUGGAAAUUUCUUUUGUUUCAAUUUGAAUACUGCCCUCAAUACAGCCAGAGAUGCAGUUGACCCUCCUGGCUAAAGGUGGAUGGAUUUGAGUUAUACGGCGUUCUUAAUUCAACGUUUUCUGGGUUGUUUUCCUCUUCAAUACGAAGACACAGUAUUCAACUGAAACUUUCACAAGUGACUUUCAUUGGAUCUUUCUUGAUAAUAAGCCAUUUGCCAGUUGGAUUUGAACAAUGCCUGGUACAAUGACUUGUGUAGUCACAACGUACCGCUAAUAUUUGAAUUCCACAGACUGUAGAGACAGUUGGCCAGGUCUGGAAUUUAAUCUUUAGAGGGCAAGGCCAUUUUCUUUUUUAAAAGGGCACUUCCAUUGGAAAAUCUUAAAAGUCUUUGGGAAACUUUUGAAGGGGCACCAAGGUCGAGACAAGGGCAAUGGAGGCCUUCGUUAAAUUUAAGACCUGGGUUGCUAACCGAUGUCAAAUGGUUCAGGGCAAGCUUUUGCAUAGCAACCUCCAUAUAUGAGCAAACCCUGGUAAUUGUACCAUUGUGCUAUAGGCCUACACCAUGUAUGAUGUCUAUCCAUUUAGAAUUGUGUGCAGUGUUCACCAAUUUCAAUUAAAGUGUGAACUUUAAGCAGGUCAUUGUACAUGUAGCCUACCAGACAGUACACAAAUCUAGUACGCAAAUGGCUUAUUGUGCUGCUAAAUCAACAUUAUGUUGACCAAAACCAAAUGAUGACCCUACCUUUAAAUUGUAGGGGUUUUAAAGCUACAUGUAUGAGUGGUCUGACAGACACACACACAUUGACACAUGGGACAUUAUUACUCAGGUUUACAUGUAUGUUUAAGAGUGUAAACCUCAUUGUCCAUUGCAAGCCUGGAAUUUCAUUUUUGAGAGGGCAAGUCCAUUUUCAUUUUUUCAUUGGAAAAUCUUAUGGUCUACAUGUAUGGGGAAAUUCAAAAGGGACACCAAGGCCAAUACCAGAGGCAACAAAGGCCAUGGCCUCCUUGGAAUUACAUGCCUGCAUUGCACUGAUCAGCAUCAACAUCAAGAUCAUGAAGUUACAUUACAUCAACAAGGAGCAUUGAAGGACUGGCAGUCGACGUGUUCUACAAGCCUAGAAGAUGUCAGAUGUCCAGGCUACCUACACACCCGUACUUCCCCCUGGACAGAUUUGGUCACAUCUUCAUGUUAACCCUUGCUACUAUUGGUGCCAUCUUCCAGUGAGCUGACCAACCGUUUGAAACCAUUCAACUACAGGGAUUGUGCAUGGUGGCCAUCUGUGAACUGUGCUCAAUUUCAUAGAGCACACCUAAUACAUUGUAUUCACCCUACAAGUUCUGUGUACACCACCUCCACUUUGGAAAUGGUGUGUUCUUUCUACUUUGUAUUCAUUGCUGUAUGGCUUGUAGUAUAGGACUCUUCCAUUGUUAUGCAGGGAUCUCUUAGAAAUGGUUCAGCAAUGACUUAACCUGUUAAGCUGUUGAGCAGAAAAUUGUGCUAAGCAAGAUUGUUUUUGCUUAGCAAAUUGUGUGUGUGAGUGCUUAUGAGCAUAAUGAGAUUUUGGCCCAGGUCAUAUUGCAUGCAAAGAGACUCUUCUCAUGAGAUCUAGGCCCAAUUUCAUCGCUCUGCUUACCACUGAAUUCUGCGCUUAUGUUCACUAUUCUCAGCUUACUGUGCAAGCGCCAGAUUUCUGCGCUAGCUGUGUAAGCGAAGAAAGACUAGUAAUAACGAAUAUGUACGAGCACAAGCAAAAAUUCCCUGCUUACCUGUGAAAUGCCACUUGACAUAAGCGCAGAAUUCCCUGCUUCCGUAAGCCCAGACUUGUGCUUAAAAUGGUCAGCAGAGCCAUGUAAUUGGGCCCUGCCUGUAAAUUGCACAUCCCAUGUACACACUGACACCACUGGUUGGCAAAUAUUGCAGGAAUAUUGCACCUUUUUGUAUGGGACUGAUGGCGGUUUCGAUGCAGUGUGUGUCUUUAUAAUUCUAUUAAACCCUUUUUUGACAAAUGAUGGACAAUAUUGGUUUGCACAUUAUGGUUUGGGUUUAUACAGACAAAUUUACCCAAGACCAAAUAGUGUCAUAGUAUUGUGUCCCCCAUCUAAUAAUGGCUUACGGCAUUUUGCCCACCACCAAUGGGAGACUUUUGGGACGCUUGGUGGCAGCAGACUUACCAGGUAAAAUCCAUUGUUCUCUGUAAUGUGUGCAUGCUCGGAACUACUUAGGCGAUGGAAAUUGAUCUAGUAAGUCUGCUGUCACCUAGUGUUCAAAAGUCUCCCAUUGUGUCUGUAUGCUUUAUUGAGUGUAAAUUUUCAUUGGAAGAGUUAAUCAAAAGUUUGCAAUCUCAUAUAUAGAUUUAUUAGAAGUGACAGCUUGUUGAUGUUCAUUUUUGGUCAGUGAUCUGUAAAUUUUUGUGUAAGAGAAAUUGAUUCAUAUAACUUCUUCAAACAUUCUUAUUUAAAUGUAGAAAGUCAAUAAUCUUAUUAGUGUACAGUAGUAAAAACCUUCAUUUUUAAUUGAAAAUUGAAUUAUAUUUGAUAAUCUUAAUGAGUGAUAUUUUUUAGAGACAGUUAAGCUUUUUAUUUGAAUUGAUUGGUGUACAUGAAAUGGAAGGUGACAAGGUGUUGACUUAAUACUGACUAUAGUUUGUUUUUCUAUUUGGAGGGGAUUGGGGUGAAACAAAUCAUUAAUCCACUUUAGCUAGAAUAAGUGUGUAAUCAGCCGUCGAUUUCACCAAACUUUUCCUAAUUGGGAUUAAUCUUAGAACUUAGCACAGUUAAGUUCCGUAUCCAUGACGUCAGGAUGCAUUGAACCCAUCCUAAGUUAGGAGAAGUUUUAACACGAAAAAGAAUUCAUCCUAGCGUUUCGUUAAUUGUCUGCUGGCCUGAAACUUCACAUAGGCAGAGGAGGCAACUCACUACACAUGACACGGCUUUGUUUUUAAUGAACCACUCAGAAUUUCAGAUCAAACAUUUUAGGAUAAAAGGUACAACUUUGUGAAAAUUUUGUUCAGCAUUAUCAAAAAUAUUGUUUCACAAAGUCACAAUCGUUAAAACAAAUA